AGAAAGCAAAGAGAGAGAGAGAGGAAGAAAUGGCUGGAAGAUUUGAGCUUGGUGGUGUGAAACAGCCCAAAGAAGAAGCUGUGGAGAUUGAGCCCUCUAGUCAUGAUCUGCCCAACAUUAAGAGCAACAGGGACAGAAACAAGCCAUCUGCAAUUAAUAUCCCAGCUCAUGCUCCGGCUCAGCUCACCAUCUUCUAUGCAGGGAGUGUUAGCGUCUUUGAUGCAGUUACUGCAGAAAAGGUUCGCGAACUUCUUGCCGUGGCUGCUGCAGCUGCUGCUGAUAAGGUCAUUGAUGUAAAGAGUAGUGGCAACAGCUGUCCUCCAAGUCCACAGAUACAAACUGGGUCAAAUUCUCUUCAAAAUUCUUCUGCUCCUGGAUCACCAGUUGUCCAGCUUUACCCUGACCAGAAGAGCUCCAUUUGCAAAUUGCAAGCUGAAUUCCCAAUUGCAAGGAGGCACUCUCUUCAGCGCUUCUUGGAGAAGCGUAGGGACAGAUUGGGCAGCAAUAGUCCAUAUCCUACACCAGCAACAACGGUGGAUGAUAAUGCAAAGACAAACCUCAGCAAUGAUGCUUCUUCCGGUUUGGGUUGUUUGAAACAAUCUGCGGUGGCUCAGGAACAAAUUCAACCAAGUUCAGCUGUCUAGCCAGCUUGAACUUCUUAUGAAGAACUUCUGGAUCAUAUGAAACUUCUUUCUUUACUUAAAAACCUUUUAACUUGUGAUUUGUAAGUUUCACUUGCCGUUCAGUGUUAUCAGGGUGACAUGCACCCAAGUUCUCCCAAGCAAUUGAGCGUAGAGAAUGAAACCUCAGGAUAGAUGGAGGGUCAGGACUCUUGCUCAGUUGCUAGUUGAGAACUUGUAAUCAUGUGGCCUCGGUUAUGCCAAGGCAUUUGAAAUUGUAUUUGAGUAUGGGUUGCCAGUUGUCUAGCAUAUGACUGUUUGCAACAUUGUAGACUUGCCUAGAACAAAUAACGAACUAUCUGGUUCUAAUGUUGUUGUGUGUUGACUGUUAAGCAUCAUUGUUCGUUUAUCAAGUUCAUUUCAGACUCUAUAUAUAGG